AUGCGCCUGCGCGCGCGCGGCCCCGCCCCCCCGCUCCCCGUGACCCUUCGUGCCGGGCGCGCACGCAGGGGCCCCGCGCGAGGCGGGCUUGGGCCGAGGGGCCCGGGAAGGAUCGCAGGUUUAGGGGAAGGCGGGGGCGUGGCUUCCCCGCUGGGCGGGCGGCCACUUCACAGUCCCGCCUCCGUCGUCAGCUGCAGCCGCGCGCCAAAAUCAAACCCGCGUACCCGUCGGCCAGAGAGCCUGCAGUUCAAGGCAAGCUCCGCGGCGGCGUCGGCACCGCCGCGCACACCCUUGGCCGCCUCCCAGCCCUCCCUGCCCGACGCGCUCGGGGCCGCCACAAGACGAGGCAUGGCCACUCCACCCAAGAGGAGCUGCCCAUCUCCCGCAGCCAGCUCUGAGGGGACCCCCAUCAAGAAAAUUUCCAUCGAAGGGAACAUCGCUGCUGGGAAAUCAACAUUUGUGAAUAUCCUUAAACAAGUCUGUGAGGAUUGGGAAGUGGUUCCUGAACCUGUUGCCAGGUGGUGCAAUGUUCAAAGUACUCAGGAUGAAUUUGAGGAACUGACAACAUCUCAGAAAAGUGGUGGGAAUGUUCUUCAGAUGAUGUAUGAGAAACCUGAACGGUGGUCUUUCACCUUCCAGUCAUAUGCCUGCCUCAGUCGAAUACGAGCUCAGCUUGCCGCGCUCAAUGGCAAGCUCAAAGAUGCGGAGAAACCUGUAUUAUUUUUUGAACGAUCUGUGUAUAGUGACAGGUAUAUUUUUGCAUCUAAUUUGUAUGAAUCUGACUGCAUGAAUGAAACAGAGUGGACCAUUUAUCAAGACUGGCAUGACUGGAUGAAUAACCAGUUUGGCCAAAGCCUUGAACUGGAUGGAAUCAUUUAUCUUCAAGCCACUCCAGAGAAAUGCUUGAAUAGAAUAUAUUUACGGGGAAGAAAUGAAGAACAAGGCAUUCCUCUUGAAUACUUAGAGAAGCUUCACUAUAAGCAUGAAAGCUGGCUCCUGCAUAGAACACUAAAAACCAACUUUGAUUAUCUACAAGAAGUGCCUAUCUUAACACUGGAUGUUAAUGAAGAUUUUAAAGACAAACACGACAGUCUGGUUGAAAAGGUAAAAGAAUUUUUGAGCACUUUGUGAUCUUGCUGAAGACUACAGGCAGCCAAAUGAUUACACAUACUUCAGCUUUGUGUAUCUUCAUAGGUCCAUAUUCAUACAAGUCUCUCGUCUAAACCCAAGUUUUUAACUAUUUUUGUUCCAAGAAAAAAAAUUUUUUUAAUGAAUCCUAUACAAAAGUUUAUAGCUAGUUUUUCUUUUUUCUUUUUCUUCUUUUCUUUUUUGGGGCUUUAAAAAAAGAAAGAUAUUUAAGUAUCCCUUACAACAAGAAGUCUGGAGGUAGAUGGUUCCGGAAUCAUUUUAGUGGUUAAGCUGCAUCAUAAAGGACCCAGCCUCCUGUCUUUCUCCUCUAUUAUCCUCCUCAGCCAGUUGACUUUUUUUUUUUUUUCUGGUGCUUCUCAUCUCACUGACCAAUUUCUUAACUACAAACUUUAAUGUUACAUAGUAAAUGGUAAUGUGUCCUGUGUAAAUUAGUGUACCUGUUAAAAAUUGAAAAGUGGAAUUUAAGGAAUCCCUAGAAAAAGUAUGAUGAGGUUUUAUUUUAAAUACUUUUGAUCAGAUGCCUUCCCUUCUACCUUAAUUUAUGUGGAAGAUAAGACCAGGUUUAGUAUUUAAUUACUUCACUGAUUUAUUAAUGUGCCUAUAAUACAUUUGUAGAGAAGCAGGUUAGACUUUGUUCCCGGUUUGUAAUGGCAUAACUUAUAAAUCAUUUAAUAUUUUUCCUUCCUUUGUUUCUACAUCUGUGGUAUGAGUGAGGCUUCAUCUUUUGCAUGGGAUUUUGUAGGAUUAAAGAGAAAAUGUUUCUAUACUUAAAAGAUAACUGAAGAUUAUUACAUGAAUAGAAAGAUUGAAUUUAUUUGGAACUUAAAUAGCUACCUGCUUUUUCCCUUCUCAGACCAUUCUUUUAGAAUGGAGUAUUACUAUUAUAGUUAAAAGAUUGGUUUAAACUAUGAUUGUCUUUAAGUCAUUUGAGGUGGAAUUAUAGUUUUCCUUAAUUUCUUCCCUUUUUUUUUUUUUUGCGGUACGCGGGCCUCUCACUGUUGUGGCCU